GUACUCUGUGUUAAGUUCUUUCUGUUGAAUAUCCUUUGCUUGCACUGGACUUUUCUUUAUGUUGAUUUUUUGCUUCAUUUUUUUUUUCAUUUCCCAUGCUGUUCAGUUACUGGACGCCAGAAGAACGAAGCACCUGCAGUUGACCAUCCAGGCCCUUCAGGAUGAACUGCGGACCCAGAGAGACCUCAACCACCUCCUGCAGCAAGAGAGUGGCAACCGAGGAGCAGAGCAUUUCACCAUCGAGCUGACGGAGGAGAACUUCCGCAGGCUCCAAGCCGAACACGACAGGCAGGCCAAGGAGCUGUUCCUUCUGCGGAAGACAUUGGAAGAAAUGGAGCUAAGGAUUGAAACACAGAAACAGACUCUCAAUGCCCGCGACGAGUCCAUUAAAAAGCUCCUGGAGAUGCUGCAGAGUAAGGGCUUGCCAUCGAAAAGCCUAGAGGACGACAACGAGCGCACACGGCGGAUGGCCGAGGCUGAGUCUCAGGUCAGCCACUUGGAAGUGAUUUUAGACCAGAAGGAGAAGGAAAACAUCCACCUUCAGACGAGACAGGUGCUAGGCCGAUGCCUCCGUUACAGCCUUGUGAGACAUCCUGAAGCAAAGGACCCAGCUAAGCUGUGCCUGGUCUCUUCCAUUGGGAAAAUACCUAUGAGGUAGUGAACAUAUGCUUUUCGAGUCGAUUAAUUUGGGAUUAACCUGCCGUGCAGCAGUGUGUGGCUAAUACAAUGGAGCAGAAGCCAAACCCUUGUUUCUCUUUUCGAACCUCCAAGCCAGUUUACAGAAGAGCAAUGUAAACCAUGAUUUGCAUAAAGACUGGCUAGGGUUUGAAACGUUAUUCAUGUUAUUUCAGAAUUGUGGUUGCAGAGCAUCUCUAUGGUUAGCAAAAGCUGCUGCCUCAUUUUAAGGCCAAGGUCUGAUGUUAUAUAUGUAGCUAGAGUGGGAUGCCAGAGAAACCACCAGCCGUAGCAUCCCCUGCCCCCAUGGGUUCCUGUGGUCAGGGAGGAGCCUCUGUCCUCCCGCUUUAGAUUCUGCUUCUAAGUAGCACUUAAUAGACGGCGCCUUGCUUUGUCUGUGUGCCCAGUUCCAUGUGGAAGAAGAGAAAUGCAGUCCGUGCCUUAGUUGAUUGGUUCUCACAGAAGAAGCGGAGCGUGGCUAGAGUCUUGAUGUCAGUUUGAGAGUUUCAGAAAGUGCAGCCUGCACAUGAGCUAGUUUCGGUGGUCAUCAGACCAGUCAGUGGACGGCCCCAAGAGAAGGGGCAGAUUGUAGAAGAUUGUGGUAGUCUGCGAGGCCCUUUGUUAAAGUUUUAGGAAUUCGGGGAGGCUGCUGUUGAGCCAUUGAUAACCUGAAAGUGGUCACGGUUAGAAUAUUUUUACACGUUAGAAACUGACAAAUGCCACUUUUAAGUUACACAAGACUCCGAUGCCUCUCUUCCAAGUAGACUCUGUUGCCUCCUCAGUUUUCCUACGUUGAUGGAGCAGGCUGAUCUGUGAAGAGGUGGGUGUGGAAGUCCGCUGAGCGAACCUCCAGCCAACAUAUGGUGAGGCCCAGCAGGACUCAUUCCACUCCUAAGGCUCACUCCUGAAGUCUGUCUACCUGCACAGUGCU